CUCGUCCCAGGGGCGGAACCGGGGGCGGAGCGCGGACCCGCAGCUGGCGGAUCAGGCGGGACUCAGGCAGGUGCGACGGCGGAAGUAGGAGGUGUCGAUCGGAGCGGAGCCAUCUAGGAAGCUGCGGCCGCCGGUCCUCUAGCCCCGAGCAGCUGCCCGUCUCAGCCAGACCGCAGCGACCAGGGCGCGGGUGUGGGCGAGAUGCCUCUCUUCGCCGCCAACCCCUUCGAGCAGGACGUGGAAAAAGCCACAAAUGAGUACAACACUACGGAAGAUUGGAGUCUUAUUAUGGACAUAUGUGACAAAGUUGGAAGCACUCCUAAUGGAGCAAAAGAUUGCCUAAAAGCCAUAAUGAAAAGGGUAAAUCAUAAGGUUCCUCAUGUUGCUCUGCAGGCAUUAACUCUUCUUGAGGCUUGUGUGGCAAACUGUGGAAAAAUAUUUCAUUUAGAAGUAUGUUCCCGUGAUUUUGCAACAGAAGUACGUGCUGUGAUAAAAAAUAAGGCUCAUCCUAAAGUAUGUGAAAAAUUGAAAUCUUUAAUGGUGGAGUGGUCAGAAGAAUUUCAAAAGGACCCUCAGUUUAGUCUGAUAUCUGCAACUAUUAAAUCUAUGAAAGAAGAAGGAAUUACUUUUCCUCCAACAGGUUCUCAGACUGUCUCAACUGUUGCCAAGAAUGGUACGUCAUCGAACAAAAACAAAGAAGAUGAAGACAUAGCUAAAGCUAUUGAAUUAUCAUUGCAAGAGCAGAAGCAGCAGCAUACGGAAACAAAAUCCUUAUAUCCAUCUGCAGAAGUUCAAUUAAAUAAUAAAGUUGCAAGGAAAGUGAGAGCUUUAUAUGAUUUUGAAGCCGUUGAGGAUAAUGAACUCACCUUUAAACAUGGUGAAAUUAUUAUUGUUUUGGAUGACAGUGAUGCCAACUGGUGGAAAGGAGAAAAUCAUAGAGGAAUAGGACUCUUCCCAUCUAAUUUUGUAACAACUAAUUUAAACAUGGAGUCGGAGGCAGCAGCUGUGGACAAAUUGAAUGUAAUUGAUGAUGAAGAAGAAGAAAUUAAGAUAUCAGAGCCUGAGCCUGUUUAUAUAGAUGAGGAUAAGAUGGAUAGAGCCCUGCAGGUACUCCAGAGUAUAGAUCCAACUGAUUCCAAACCAGACUCCCAGGACCUCUUGGACUUAGAAGGUAUCUGCCAACAAAUGGGUCCAAUGAUAGAUGAAAAACUUGAAGAGAUUGAUAGGAAGCAUUCAGAAUUGUCUGAGUUGAAUGUAAAAGUCUUAGAAGCUCUGGAACUCUAUAACAAAUUGGUGAAUGAAGCACCAGUGUAUUCAGUUUAUUCAAAGCUCCAUCCUCCAGCACAUUACCCACCUUCAUCAGCUGGGGUUCCAAUGCAGACAUACCCAAUUCAAUCACAUGGUGGAAAUUAUAUGGGUCAAAGCAUUCACCAAGUUACUGCUGCCCAAAGCUACAGCCUCGGACCAGAUCAGAUAGGUCCACUGAGAUCUCUGCCUCCAAAUGUGAAUUCCUCAGUUACAACGCAGCCUGCGCAGCCUCCGUAUAUGAGCCCUGGACAAGACCCUGUUUCCAAUCCUACUUAUAUGAACCAGAACUCUGCCCUUCCAUCAGCUGCUGGCACAGCUGCCUACACGCAGCAGAUGGGGAUGUCUGUGGACCUGUCAUCUUACCAGAACACUGCAGCCAGUCUGCCACAGCUGUCAGGCUUCCCCAUGGCAGUUCCAGCGCACGCCAUGGCCCAGCAGCAAACAAAUUACCACCAGCAGCCUCUCCUUUAGAAACAAGCCAGGCGUUUUCUUGAAAGCCUUUCUAUGUGUAUUAUUCGACCAUUAUAACUCUAAUCUGAAAAUAUUAAGAGGGAAAAGAUUUUUUUUCUGAGGAUGGACCGUGAAUAAAUAAAGCACAAAAGCUCUUACUCUACUAGGCCAUAAAAGGGUUUUUAUCAGUCCAGUUUGUUUGAAGUCAAACUUAAACAGAGGCAGCUUCCAAUUAGUUUUAAUUUUAAAUUUCUCUACACAAAUCUGGAUACCCAAUAAGUAGCCUUAUGACAUUAAACAGCAUGAUAUGUUUACGUUUUAUAAAGAAACCAUCCUUUAUCCCUAAAAUGUCAUGUUAAUUGGGAGAGCACCGAAACCUUUAAAUAUAUUUUGUCUGCAUAUUUUUUUUCAGUUUCCCACACACCAUUAUUUUUAAAGGCAAAUAUCUUAUUGUGCAAGCAUUUAUCUUGCCAACAUAUUUCCUUUUGGCACCUUAAAUUGCAGUUGUAUUUGCAGUACUGUCAGUUUUGCUCUCAGUGUUAUGUUGAGUAAUAAUUAGCAUAUCAUUGUCUACAGUAGCAAGAGAAAUUUGGAAGGAACCAAGUGUUUUCUGUUAUUAAAAGUGAAGACCAUGUAAAUGCAGAUGUGUGAUAAAGCAUUUAGCUAGUCCCCCAGUCAUGCCAGUAGUGGGCUAAGGAGUGCCCCAGAAAACAUUUCCAUUCCCUGGAGAACAUUUCUUUUCCUGCAAGGGUCCCUGGAAUUUAGAAUUGCCACUGUACUGACCUUUUCAAAUGACUGGCCAUUCUGGGAUGAAGAUGUGGUCCCUGUGUUUCCUUCAUGCAGUGGGUGUGAAGAGAUGCUGCAUUUCCUUUUUACCAUAACAUGUGAAUUUGAGCCAUGAGACAUUCCUAAUAGGAUGUGAUGGAUGCCAACCAUGGAUGAUAAGUGUGUUUUUAUUGAUACAUUGCUGCUUCACAGGUGAUUUAAGUACCAUUGCUGUGCCAGGCUGUCAAAAAAUUGGGCCAUUUCUUUCUGAGCCUGUGGGAUAACAGCAGGCAGUGGAUUGAUAGGAAAGCUAUCAAGACAGUUUUUCUGAAAUCUACAUUUUAAAUGAGCUUACAGUACUAACAGAUCCCACUGUAGGAGUUGGGUAGUGACUCAAUAGGGAUUGUUUUCUAAAAAUUCCCACACUACUGCAUCAUCUACCAAUUUUUUAGAUAACACAAAAUAGAAAAUGCAAAUGCAUAUGCCUUCAGAUAUGUAAUAUUUAGACUGGGAAAAACGAUAAAUGUAAGUUUAGUUUUAAAAAGUUAAUUGUAUGGAAGCAAGAUUUCUAUAUUACUUUUUAAAGAAAGCCCUUAAUCAUCCUACUAAGAAUCCAUAUGAAAUAGUGCUCUACAAAUUUUUAUCAUUUACUGUUUAAAGAAAUUUGAUUCUAAGUAUAUUCCUUUUUCAAGGAAAUAGUAUCCUAGAACAACAUGGUCCAUAUACUACUUGGUCUACAUUUAAAGGGAAAAACAAGCAGUAUGUUCUGUUUUUCAUGCAGUGUUUCUUUUCCUUCCAUGUGAAUUAAAUUAUAUACUUAUAAAAAAUUCUAAAUGGCACCUUACCUUUUGGAAACAAAUCUAUUCUUUAAAGAAUGCAAAACACAAAAACAUUUACAAAGCUGCUCUUGAUAACAGUUAAUGUUUGCAUAUAUAUAUGGAAAAUCUUUUUUUUCUCCCAAACAAUAUUUAAUAAACAGCUAUUUUAAUAUUUGUGUAAAUAUUUUAUGUAUAAUUGUCAUUGGAAUUGUAAAAGCUUAAUUCUUCAGAAGUUGAACUAGUAUAAAUAUUGCACACCCACUAAAUCGAGAUCAGCCAAUUGAGUAGUUUUGGAAUAAUGUAACAUGCAACAUGUAUAUAAAUAGUGUAUAUUGGCACUUAUCUGUGAAAUUUUAUACAUUCAGAAGUUUCUUCUCCCUCUUAAAAUAAUUUUAUUUUUGCCAUAUUGUAAUGAAGUUUGUGUUGCAGGUUGUUGAUAGUAUGAAAAUGUUAUUAAAUUGGUGUACUGAGAUCUUUUUAGUGUUGAGAAAUACAGGUUGUUAUUUUUCUUUUCUAUGAUCUUAGGGAUUGUAUUUAUUUUAAAACCUGUUUAUAAUUAAAUGUUUUCUGCCAAAGGAACUGUCUAACAUCAGAUUUCUACAUUGGAUUCAUACUUACUGUUUUGAUAUAAAAAAUAAAAAUAACUUCUGCUAUUUCA